AUGUUUUCAGGACACCCCAUUCUUGAUGAAAUCAAGAAGGGGUUCAAACUUCGGCCAACCAAAACAGUCGACAAAUCAAAACCGAUUAUUUAUGCGGAAGGAGAGGAUGAAAAUGAGGUUGCUGUCACGAAAAGGGCACCUGCAUCCGGGAUUCUUCCACCAGGACAAGCGAUUCCAAAACCAUCUUUCAUCCCUCCUCCGAUUCCAAAUGGUUUCAUCCCUCCAUCAUUUGAAGGUGGAAUUCCACCCCCACCUCCAAUGUUUUCUGGAGGAAUCCCCCCGCCACCACCUAUGAUGGGCGGAAUUCCACCACCUCCUCCGAUGUUUGGAGCUCCUCCACCACCUCCACCACCAUCUGGAUUAGGUGUUGCUCCACAACCACCAAGACCAAAGACUCCUGUCAACCCAGCAUUAUCUAAAUUGGGAGGAAAAACGCCAGGAACUGUGGAUCGAGGAGAGUUUUUAAAAGGAAUUCAAGGAGGAUUCAAAUUGAAGAAAGCUGUUACAAAUGAUAAAUCGGGACUGAUUGUUGAUGAAGAAAUGAGAGAAAAGAGUGUGACUAUUGUUGAGGCUGCGCCUUCUUCAUAUAUAGCACCGGAACGAAGCCCCGCACGCCCGCAUUCAUCUCUCGGUUUUGGUUCAGAAGAUAAUCGAUUUAGGACUCCCGAACCACGAGACGAUUCACCUGAACAGCGUCUUGGACAAAGACGGCCGAUUGUAAUGAGACAGAAAGGAGCUCCGCCCCCACCACCACCUGAGUUUGGUUUCGAUUCGGAAAAGCAGAAAGUAACCUCCGAAGACAUCGAAAAAGAAAUCAAAAAAGGAUCGGUGGCAUCGAAAAUGGCUGCGUUGAUGGGAAAUAUGGGAUAUUCAGCUGAGAAAUGCGAACAGAUUGGAACUGGAACUCUGCCACGAGCAGCAUUCAGAAGAAGUCCGUUGAGAAGUUCAAUGAUGUCAUCAUCUUCAGAAGUAAAUAACAAUCAUGACAACGAUACUCCAAAACCAAAACCUGUAUCAAAGUGGCACGUUGACACCAAUUAUGGAUUAAAGUCUGCGUCGAGAUCAAAUGUACCAAUUGAAAAAGAAGAACGUGCAUCAUCUGUAAUGAGAGAUCGAAGCUCCUCUUGGUUGGAUUUAACGAGGCCAGCGACAGUGGAAAGGGCGAGAACUCAAUCGCCAAUUCCAUUGUGUGAACGAUUAGAAUUAGAUGAUAUGGACUUUGACCAGCUCGUUGAUGAAGUGGUAGCUCAAGAAGCAGCGAAAGCAGCUCGUGGUAUGGCUACUGAGAAGCCGCCAUCUCUUGAAAAGAAAAAAACAACAACAACGGCGAAAAAGAAAUCAAAACAACUACCGGAACCAAUUAGUGUGACGACUGAUUUCUGUACAACGGGAGCCAGAAGACCAUCAACAACUCCACAAAUUCAAGAGACACCACCAACACCUGCACAAAAGAAAACAUAUGGAUAUGCAUCAACAACUACAGUACCAACUAAUAAUUCAAAAGGAACUAAUACUUGGAGAUCUACAAGUCCAUCAGCUGUGGAACAAUCUGGAGGAAUGUCUCCAAUUUCAUCCAUGUCUUCAGCCUCAGCUCCGUCUCCAUCAUCCCUCUCAGCUGGCUCUGUUUCCCCAGAUUCAACGCCAAAGAAGAGAAUCGGAGCGAAUCCAAAUUUCGAGAAGGCAAAGGAGAAAUGGGGUGCCGUUCCAAAAGCGGACGACUCACCACCUCUAUCUCGUGGAUAUUUGAUGCGUGAGAGUAAAACACCGACACGCGAAGAAACGACUCCCGUUCGAGAAAAGACUCCAGUGAAGACAGAGGAACCGAAGAGCAAAAAGGUGACUUCAACAUCUUCUGCAUUGAACAAAACAAAGGAAAAAGAGAAGAGCCCACCGUGCUUCGCGGUGACCGCUGCCGAAGCAAAGGGCGCGGCGGCGGUUGCGAAAGAAAAGGGUCGAAAGAAGUCACUGAAGACAACGACAACAACCCCUUCUGUUCCCACACCCAUCACUACUUCCACAACCACAGCAACUAACAAACCUACUAGCACUUCCUCUACCAAACCAAAUUCCUCAUCCACUGAGCACUCCCCAUCCCCGAAUGCAACGCCAUCUCAAAAAAGAGAUAGUAUCGGUACUACUGAUGUUAAGAAGAAAACGCCAUAUGGACAGCCAACAACGGGAACAGUUGCUGAUCGUGCCAGUCGAUUCAAACAACAAUUACAAGCCGAUGAAGAUAAAGGAAAGAAACCGUGGCAGAAGGGAGAUACUAAGAACUACUGA